AUGGGCAGAGGUAAAGCCUGGACCUGCCUUGAGUCAGACAAAUCGUACGUCGACCUAGUUUUGCGUCAGCGCAUAGCUGAUCGCCCUCCAGGAGCUGAGAUCACACUCCGUCGGUUCUGGAAGACCGUGCACAUCAAGGAGGAAGAGGACGGGCUGCUCAUCACGCUGGAUCAUCGUAAUCUCAAGACGCCAUCCGGGACAAAGUUGGUCCUGCCAAAGGAUCGGAGAUUGCUGGCGCUGCUCAUAGCGAAUGAGUGGGAGAAUCAGGAUGAGAUCCUAAAGCAGCAUGCGUUGCCCCUGACAUCAUUAGCGUCCAGAGCUAUAGACGGAAUGCAAGAUCCAAAGAUCAGGCCUGGCGUCAUCGACGCGCUCAUGGACUAUCUCGAGACAGAUACGAUCUGCUAUCCCGAGGAAAAGCCCGAAUCACUCGUCAAGCUGCAGCAUCAGUAUUGGGACCCGCUCUUCAACUUGAUGAAGAAGAACUAUGGGGUUGAGCUCGCGCUAGCAGAGGGGUUUUCACCUGCCAAGCAGCCAGAGGAGACCGUGAAGGUGUUGCGGGGCGUAGUGGAGGACAUGGAUCACUGGGAGCUUGCCGCGUUCGAGCGCGCAGUAUACGCCUCAAAAUCCUUUGUUAUCGCUUUGGCAGUUUGCAAGGGCCAUCUGACAGCGCACGAGGCAUCUGAAGCGGCGCACGUCGAGGUCAGGGACCAGAUCAGGCGGUGGGGAGAGGUAGAGGACACUCAUGAUGUGGACUACCAGGACAUCCGGCGGGCAUUGGGUAGCGUAGCUUGUAUCUUAGUCAAGGCAUGA